AUGAUCCACAAAACGUAUACUAAAUCCUUCGAAUGUCAAAGCCGUGAUCAUCAUCAACAGCAAUUUGAAAUGAUCUUGAAAACUGCAUCAUUAACCAAAGUUUGCAUCAACUGCAACCGACCACAAAAGACCGAUGCACAAAGAAAAGAAAGAAAGAAAAGAAAAAUGCUCGAAAUAAAAGAAAAAAAUCUUGAAAAAUAUUUUGGAAGCAAAACGAAGAAGUUGGCAGACUGGUUUCGUCAUUAUUCAUGUUUCUUAAAGAAAGAAAAAUUAAAAAUAUAA